AUGGGGAGCCUUAUCGUCGGGAGAUUACUAAACCAAAAACUCACCCAAAAUCCCUUGGUGUCGACAAACGUCUCCCGAUUUUCUUCCUCUGCUAUCGAACCUUGCAAACCCUCCCAAUCCCUAAUCGAUCUCCACCCUCAUCUCUCCUCCCAUCUGCGCCUCUCUCUCAUCUCUUCUCCCAUCUGCGCCUCUCUCUCAUCUCUUCUCCCAUCUGCGCCUCUCUCUCAUCUCUCCUCUGUAUUCAAUCUCCACGUACCCUCAGACUCUCCUGAGUCUCUUCUCAUCUGUGCCUCUCUCUCAUCCCACCACAAACCUAAAUCGAUCCAUAAGAAGGUUGAGGCUGAGGAGCAGCCUGAUAUUUUCGUGGCUUUUUUGGCCGCUGCUGUUCCCUUCUUUGCAACAAGAUCAAUGAACCAUAUGCCGCCACUCUUGAAGAGGAAGUCAAGGCAGGAGGCCUUUAAACGUUGCUAUGAGCAGGCUGUUUAGCAACUUGGACCAAGGCCAGCCAAUCCACCAACUGUGGCUGCUCCUCCCUUGGAAUCGUUACCUACUCUGGCUCCCCCAAUAAUCAGGACUGCCGAUCCUCCCCCUAAUGCACCGACACCCCCCGAGUGUGAAGGUCCUUUGAUCAGCGCAAGGCGGGCUUUUCCAAA